AGUACAACCACGACCACUACAGAAAAAGAUGGCCGCACGUGUACCAGCUCGCAGCUUUACAAAUGUUGAUUCUGAAGAAAAUAGUGUUGGACGAGGGAGUGGGGACAUGCAGAAGCAACCGGGUUCUAGUCGUGAACUUCAAGGGGCGUCAUCGACCAGCUAUCAGAAACGCGAACGCUCCCAGAAUUGGGAUCAUUCGGAUAAAUGCCUGCUGGUGAAACUCGUGCAGAAACGACUGGCCGUCAUCGAGAACAAGGCGGGGGACACCGUGUCCGUUCGCCAGCGCAAGCAGGCGUGGAAGGAGGUGUACAAUGAGUUCUCGAUUAAAGUCGGGGGCGUUCCGCGAGAGCUGCAACGCAUCCGCGAACAAUGGAGGAGGAUCAAGCACUGGGCAAGACAGGAGAUGAACUACUACCACGAAUCAGAGGAGCAGGAUUUGAAUAAAGGGGGUGCUACUCCUACGACCAGGAAACCCAACGAGCUCGCCAAACACAUCUGCGAGCUGAUGAGCGGUUUCGAACACACGUACGCCCCCGGUGGUAGUACCGGCUUUGACAACGAACUCCAAGAAGUGCCGGCUUCAUACCGCACCGCUGACGGAGAACAACUUCACCCACAAUUCAUUUCGUAUCCGCUCAUGGGCUCCUCGCAGCAAAGCGCUUCCGGUGCCCCACCCUCUAGUGUUUUAUCUGAUGAUGACGCCAUCCCAGUCACCUUGGAAACUGUUGUUGAAGUGAAACAGGAGCCAGUGAGCGUGGACCUGGUUGGUGAUGAGGACCAGAGUGACUUUGAGUUGGUACCAGCAGCAGCGGGCACGUCAGGAGGAGGAGGGGGCACCCUCAUGGUUACGGCUGCUACAACGAUGGGCUCGGCCUCGUUGUCGGCGACUCAAAUUCGUCGGAAACGUACUGGUGAAAAUCUCCCGAGCUGGACUAAGGACUUCCCAGGAAUAAUAGGCGAAGGGACAGCCCAACAACAACAACAACAGCGUCCCCGCGACGAUGACGACGACGUCGAUGACAACGACUCGGACUUCCUUGAUGAAGAUGACUCCGAUGAUGACAUCGGGUCGUUGUCCGACUGGGGACAGGACAACCCCGUGGGUCUCAACCACACCUAUGACGGCGGCCGUUCGUCCACAACCACACGGCAUCGUCAUCGAGGGACCAGGGAAUCUGACGCCAAAUUCGAGCGGCAGCGACUGGUGUUUGCUCGCCGGGAAUUCAAACGGCGGAUGCAGAUGAUGGAGUCACAGCAUGCCCGCAAGAUGCAGAUCUUGGAAUUAAAGAGGGAGACCGAACUGCUUAAAAAGAAGAUUGUUUUCCGACAGUUGAAGCAGCACAGAGUAGUACCUCAGGCGAAUACUUCUAACUCGUUUCAUGGUAGACAUGGAAACAGUCACAGAUGAGGAAGGAACUGUGAUGGGCUGUAAUGACGUGGGAUGCUUUUUUAUAUACAACUAUUUCCAUGGAUAAGUUAAUCUGGACGUUUAGAAUGUCAUCUUUUAUUCAUGAUGAGCCAGUUAUGACAUGGUGUAGGCGUUUUCGAUAUUGUUUUGCACAGUGAAAUUUUAAAGUGUGUUUUAUAGAACGGAAUACUAGUGACGUGGGAUUUUUAUUUACAACCUUUUUCCAGAAAGAGUUUGCCUGGACGUUUAGAAAUGUUAUCUUUCAUUAAGAUUGAUCGUAACUGCGAAUCAAUCAUAGUUGCUUAGUAAAGUGUGAUGUCACAAUACAAAUCACCAUGGUGAUACUGACAAUUUGUCUUUUAUACAGUGGAUUUUAUUGCUUUUUGAAAUUGAGCUUAGAUGUGGGAAUUUUUUGGUAUUACGGUUUGCACAGUGUUUCGGAUGUAUUUAGAAUGUAUUAAAUAAAUUAAUCCAGAAAGAAAAGGAAAAAAUUGGAAAUUAAAAGUGUCAAUAAUGGAAGCGAGUACUCUAAUGACGUGGAAUGUUCUACAACCCUUUCUAGGGAUGGACGUUUACAAUAUCAUCUUUCAUUCAUGAUGGUCCAUGACAUGUUGUGGGAAUUGUUGGUAUGGUUUUUGCAGUGUUUCAGACGGUAUAAAAACUAUCAAAUAUAAACCACCGGGUAAACUGACCGGAUAAAAUAGUAUUUAAUGAUUUGGGGUUGACAAUUAUAACAAUUGACUUGAGGGGGGAUUUGAACCAACGACCUCCGGAUUAACAGGUUUUUUUUUUCUAUGUUGUCAUUACUCUUUGUUCGGGGUGCCCAGUCAGACGAUAAAAACAGUAAUUUUUGUUCUGCUCAUCUCGCUAAGUUGAAUUCCUGUGUUCUUUUUAUGCCUCAUUGUUUUAAUGACAAACCCAAUUUUGAUAUUGUCUGUAAUUUUAUUGUUUUAUCUGUACAUUUUGUAAAUACAAUGUUUUUUUGC